GUAAAUGUAUCCAAUGUGCUGCAAUUGUCUGAUACCUGUUUUGAGUCCUAUUUCAUUUAUUUGAUUAAUUUUGUGCCAUGAAUGAAAUAUCAUGUUUAUGCUUCAUUGCUGUGUUUUUCAUCAACUUUGACGUGUGUACAAGCCAAGCAUGUGGUGGUGACAUAUCAGUCAGAAACUUGGAUCGAAGAAAUCCUCGAGGAUUCCAAAGACUGUUUUCUCCAGAUUACAUGAGAUCAGCACAAUACGCCAGUAACUUAGUAUGUGUGUGGACUUUUCAUUUUGGUCCAACAGACCGUAUAAACUUCCGAUUCCGAGACUUUAAACUUGAAGGAGACGGGAAAACUUGCGAUAAAGAUUUUGUUAAAAUAUUGUUUUCUAACAAAGAAGAGGAAGAUACCUAUUGCGGAUUACAGACUCCUGGUCCCGCAUAUGGCUCUGGUCCCGUGAAGAUGACAUUCAAAACAGAUGAAAAGAACAAUUUUCGAGGAUUUUUUAUCAUGUAUCAAGUAAUGCGAAAUGUUCUUCCAACACCCGAUGCUUGCCGAUCAAAUCCGUGCAAGAAUGGUGGAAAGUGUAAUAACGUGCGGUAUGGAUAUGGAUACAAAUGUACUUGUCUCGCAGAAUAUACCGGAAAGGACUGUGAAAUCAAGAUAGAAAAACCUGAACCAAAGGCCGAACCUUGCGAGUCUAAUCCGUGUCAAAAUGAGGCGACAUGCACAAAUGAUGGCGAUAAUUACCGAUGUCAAUGUGUUGAGGGCUGGGAAGGAACAAAUUGCGAACAAGAUAUUGAUGAAUGUUCAUCGAAUCCUUGCCAGAAUGGGGGCAGCUGUGAAAAUUUAUUAAACAAGUUCAAAUGUAACUGUCUUGGUGGCUGGGAAGGAGAUACAUGUGACAAAAAAAUAGAUGUCAAUGAGUGUGAAUCUGAUCCGUGCUUAAAUGGCGGAUCUUGUGUUGACGGCGAGGACAAAUUCACUUGUCAAUGUACAGCAGGAUGGACUGGUGUUACAUGUGAUACGGAUAUUGAUGACUGCUCACCCAAUCCGUGCAAAAAUGGCGGUGAAUGUACUGAUGGACCAAAUACGUUUACAUGCAAUUGUAAGGCUGGGUGGACUGGUGAUUCGUGUGAUACUAAUAUUGACGAUUGUUCUCCAAAUCCAUGCAAAAAUGGUGGAGCUUGUAAAGACAAACUGAAUGAUUUCGAAUGCUCUUGUAAAUCUCCAUGGAGUGGGAAGACAUGUGAUAAGAAGGAAGAAUCUGCUCCAACACCGAAACCAACUCCUAAACCAAAACCAGAAAAGAAAAAGUAUUGCGUUCCAAAUCCAUGCAGAAACGGCGGAUCGUGCACUGAGAAAAAGGAGGAUUUUAAAUGCAAGUGUGAUGACGGAUGGGAAGGGAAAACUUGUGAAUCGAAAGUUAAGGAACCAGAAAAGCAAGAUGUGAAUGAAUGUGCAUCAAAUCCAUGUUCAGAAGAUCUUGAGUGCAUUGAUAAAGUCAACAGUUAUUUAUGUAGAAAAGAAUGCAACCCAGGAUUUACUGGAGACGACUGUGAAAUUGACAUAAAUGAGUGUGAUAGUGCUCCAUGCAAAAACGGAGGGAAAUGUAUUGACGAGGAAAAUAAGUUCCUUUGUAAAUGUGACACUGGAUUUUCAGGAUUAUUUUGUGAAAUUUCUAAUCCAUGUGAAGGCGACCCAUGUAAAAAUGGCGGUACCUGCCACAAAAGUUCCAGUUUGAAAGCAAAUUCGACUGGAUUCAUUUGUGCUUGUAAUUUGGGUUGGUCGGGCGACACCUGUCAAGAAGUGGUUUUGAAAGGAUGUCGUAACCCAGACGAUUCAAGCAAGGGAUUGGUACCUUUUGGUGUUUCUCUUGAAUUUUACUGUGGAAAAGGAUUUGUAUUGACAGGACCUAACAUAAUUACCUGCCAAGAGAGCGGUGAAUUCACUCACGUUGUACCAGAAUGCAUAAGUGAUACAACCGACCCUUCAGCAGCGAACCAAUCAGCUAUGCAAGCAAUAAAGUCGCCGAUGGUGUUCAGCAUGGUGGUAGCAGCGGGAGUUAUUUUCAUAUUAAUCGGGGUUUUUCUACUGUAUAUAUUCUUCUUUGCGCCAUGGAACUCGCCACGAAGAGAAGCCACGGAGUGAAAUUGUUUUCUCGGUAAUAUAACAUAACUUAAGUGGGAUUUCAAAGAUCAAAAAAGGCACAGGCCCCAUCUACACAUUGAGCGAG